AUGCCGCGGGUAGAGGCGCCAAAGGAUGAGAAGCCAAAAGAAGAGGGGCACGAGCCAAAGAAUGAGGAGCCAAAGAAAGAUCUGAAGAAGGGGCACGAGCCAAAGAAUGAGGAGCCAAAGAAAGAAGAUGCGAAGAAGGGGCGCGAGCCAAAGAAUGAGAAGGCAAAGAAAGAAGAUGCGAAGAAGGAGCAGGAGCCAAGGAAUGACAAA